GAGUUACUCGGUCCACCGAGCCCCCCCUCCCCACACCACCACCACCAACCUCGUCUCGUCCCCGUCAGGGCAGCUGAUGGACCUGCUGGCACAGGAGCUGGGCACCGGCUGUUCGCUGCACACAAUGCCCGCCAAGAAGUGGCCGUGGCGAGCGCGCACCUCCGCCCUCUACCUCUCGCAGACGAUCCCUGCCAGCCACGCUUACAGGGUGCUGUUCGCCAGCUCGGUGCUGAACGUUGCGGAGCUCGUGGCGCUGCGGCCGGACCUGGCCCCACUGCACAAGGUGCUCUACUUCCACGAGAACCAGCUCGUGUACCCCGUGCGCAGCGCCCACGAGCGAGACUUUCAGUACGGAUACAACCAAGUGCUGUCCUGCCUCGCCGCAGAUGUGGUCGUGUUCAACUCGCGGUUCAACAUGGAGUCAUUCCUGGGCUCCAUCUCGGGUUUCAUGAACGCGAUUCCCGACCAUCGGCCUCGUGACUUGGAGGCUGCCAUCCGUCCGAAAUGCCGCGUCCUUCAUUUCCCUAUUCGCUUCCCUCCCUCCGACAGCCGUUUCUUUCAGGGUGAGCCGGACGAUGCGUUUGGGAGCACGGAACCCGACAUCCACUCUCCCCGCCAAGGCGACCCGGACAUGACUGGGCCAGUCGUGAAUUAUGAGAAAAUUCCCUGCGCUGCUUCCGGACCGUCUUUGCCUCCUCCUUCUCCUCGUCGUCCGAGCGGAGCUCAGCCGCUUCACAUCCUGUGGCCUCACCGCUGGGAACACGAUAAGAAUCCCGAACUCUUCUUCGAGACGUUGUUCAAGCUGAAGGAAGCGGGCUGCUCGUUCAGAGUUUCCGUUCUGGGUGAAACCUACACCACGGUGCCAUCUGUUUUCGAGGAGGCUCGCAGGCGGCUCACGGACGAGAUCCUCCACUGGGGCUUCCAGGCGAGCCGGGAGGACUACUACGGAGUCCUCGCGGCGGCGGACGUCGCCGUCUCCACUGCCAAACACGAGUUCUUCGGCGUUGCCAUGCUUGAAGCGGCACACUGCGGAUGCUACCCUCUCUGCCCCGACGCCCUGGUCUAUCCCGAGAUCUUCCCCGCUCAGUGUCUGUUCAGGACACCCGCGCAGCUGCUGAAGCAGCUGAGAUAUCUGUGUGCGAGGCCUGCCUCACUGCGGCAGCGCUCCGUCAAGGUGGACACAACCCCUUUCUCCUGGGUCACUCUCCGGCCACGGUACUUGUCGCUGCUUACGGCACCAGCUGCACUUGCAACGGACGGGCGGCAAGUGGACUCUGCAUCCCCCUCGGAGUGACUCUUCGUUUGCGUUAGUAAUAAUAAUAAUAUCCAAAAAAAGCCUCUACAUCACUGAAGACUUUUUCACAGGAGGGGCUUUUGGUCUACCACAGUUAGCCAGGGUGCCUGGACAUAACCAUGCAUACAAGGGCAUAACAAAGCCCUACACAGAUGGAAGCGAUAAUCUAUUUGCUGUACUUGCAAUCUCCUGGAAACUUGGCAGUUUUACGAUUUUACAUGGACCAGCAACCCUUGCCUCCAAAGUGCAAGUGCCCAACAAGUUCUGUCCGCAGCUCAACUCACAACCUCCUCUCUAUACCAAGGACCAGGACCAGGACCAUCACCGCCCGGCGUCUGGAAUGCCAUCCCACUGCCACAUUCGCAGCAGCGUUUAGUCAACACCUACCCGGAACCCUUUCCCUUCCGAGACGUCUGCGAGUUGCAGGGUGGGUAUCCCCCGUUCACCGCUGAAUCUCCGAACGUGCAAGCGGUUGGCAUGAGUUUCAUUUAGAGAGGCGUAGCACCGUUGUUUUUAAAGACAGAGGCGUAGCGCCGCAGAGAACUGCAGCGACACGACCGCACUCUACGAUGGCUGGUGCCAAGCUGUGCCACACGCCCUCCCACAUUGCCUUGUGGGAGGCUGGGUAACGUCUUCUGACCAGAAGAUGUAAGUGAUCAACUUAUUUUAUUUUCAAAUGUCUUCAGAUUCCAGGGUUCAGAGAAGGUAAAGGCCCCCACCAUGUUAUUAAAGGACCCACCUCAUUCAGCUGGCUUUGCUCCGGACCUCAGCGUCGUGGCCAUCUGUGUUACAAAUUGCAUUGUCAUUGCUAAACACCAGGGGUGGAAUGUGAAUGAAUCGUCGCACUUCAGGAUCAAUUAAUUAAAGAAUGUAUUUUCCUACAUCUUGAAUGUAGCAGCCUCUAGCGGCUGGAAGGUUCAUGUAAAUCUAUUACAAUGCGAAUCGAAAUGUAUUGAUGCUUGCAUCGGGAGCGAAACGUUUUUUAAACCGAGCACAACACGUUCCACGUUUAGUAUUAAACCCCAAGCCAGGCCAGCGUUUAGAUAGGAGGGCUGUACAACAUAGAAAUAGCAGACACCGCAGGAGUCUUCAGUGUGACUGGGUUGACAUCUUUAAUAAACUGGCAAAAUACUGCUAAUUUCAAAUAUGUUAACGACGCCAAGAAAUCACACGCAUGGCCUAGGACCGAAAAAAGGAAUGAUUUCAGGAAUUCUGUUUUAACACCUUUUACAUUUUCAACGUGAACGAAAAAAAACCAGUGUUAUAGACAAUGUACAAGAAAUGUCUUUCACAAAUGUUCCAGUUACUGUAUUUUGUUUUUAAUCUGUCGCAAUAAACUCUUGUAAAUGUGUCUUGUGAGAAAAAUACUGCAGCAAUUAUUACAAGCACGCUAAGCAACAGAUACCCGGGCACUGUAUGUGCUGAAUGUCCUCCCGAUUUUUGAAUUGAUGCAACAAAAUCCGAAAAUCAGGUGCAGAUACUUGAUGGGGAAAAUA